AACUUGCAUUAGAUAGAGUUAAGUUUUCCAAACUUCUUCCAAAGUUCUUCCUCAUCCAGAAAAUGUCAUAGUUUGAGGUUUUGUCAUAUUUCCUGUUUUAUUUUGUAGUAUUCUCCUCCCCUUGUGUGUCUUGUGGUUUUGCUUCCUGUCUUUGUCUGCUUUCCCUCCAGUUUUGAUUGUUGGCCCCUCUUUGAUUGUUUGCACCUGUGUCUCGUUGUCUCACCUCCCUUAGGGUAUUUAGUCUGGGUCUUUUGCUUUGUUCAUUGUUGGAUCAUUGUGUUGCUUCAUCUAUGGGGACUGUACUCUCUUCCUAUUGGCUCCAGACGUGAGGUCUGCAGUUGGACCCUCUUGCUGGACUCUGGUGUCCAAGUCCUGAAUCCUCGGUGUUGUAUUAGACGGCUAAUUCAUCGCUAUUACGUGUAUCUGUGUAUUUAUCUGCGUGAGUCGCAGCCAUGAGACAUUUUCAUGACAGUUUGUUACCGUGGCGACUCCGGAGGUCAUGGGAAAGAGCAGCCGGUGCUUGAUGCAGAUUUCCUCUAAAACUCAGAUAAUCACAUGUAUUUGUAUUUGGAUUAAAGGGAUGAAACCACAAAGAUGAAUCCUCGCGGGGGGAUUCAGUCGCUCUGCACAAAGACCGAAAAACUCUGGCAUCCAUUUUGUUUCAGACGACGUGUCGCCGCUGUCCAGUGAAAAACAUGUAUCUCCAAGUUUGGUGAAGUUUCAUCAGUCGGCUGUUCUUCUGUUGGUCCUUUCUCUUUAGCUGAUUCAAGACCUUUUAACCAGCGGUGGAAUAUAAGCUGAAACUUCACAGUGACCUGAGCUUAAAUCAACCUGCAGCUGAAGAAUGAGCAGCGUCCAAACCUUUAUUAAUCCAGUGUUUGGUGAAAGACGAGCCCUGCAGGUGAACUCACCAUGAGUCUGUGGACUAACGGCUCCUCCGCGGGUCUUUACGCCGGGACGCAGCCGCCGCUGCCGGGCUCCAACGCCUCCUCCAACCGCACCGCCCCGCUGGACCUGAGCCGCGCGGUGCCGGUGGGCAUGGUGCUGGCCUCCUUCAUCAUGUUCGCCAUCGUGGGGAACAUCCUGGUCAUCCUGUCGGUGGUCUGUAACCGGCACCUGCGGAUCCCGACCAACUACUUCAUCAUCAACCUGGCCAUCGCGGACCUGCUGCUGGGAACCACCGUGCUGCCGGUGUCCGCCACGCUGGAGGUUUUGGAUUACUGGGUCUUUGGUCGGAUCUUCUGUGACAUCUGGGCGGCGGUGGACGUCCUGUGCUGCACGGCGUCCAUCAUGUCUCUGUGUGUCAUCUCCAUCGACCGAUACAUCGGCGUGCGCUACCCGCUGCAGUACCCGAUGAUCGUCACCGAGAGGCGGGCGCUGCUCGCCAUGCUGGGCGUCUGGAUCCUCGCCAUAGUCAUCUCCAUUGGCCCGCUGCUGGGAUGGAAGCAGCCGCCAUCACAGGACGACACAGUGUGUCUCAUCACAGAGGAACCGUUCUACGCCCUCUUCUCGUCGCUCGGCUCCUUCUACAUCCCUCUGGCCGUCAUCCUGGCUAUGUACUGCCGCGUCUACAUCGUGGCCAAACGCACCACCAAGAACCUGGAGGCCGGCAUGAUGAAGGAGCGUCAGGAGGACUCCAAGGAGCUCACCCUGAGGAUCCACUGCAGGAACCAGCAGAUCCAGGAGCUAUGCCCCGCCUCCAAGGCCGGAGGGGGCGGAGCCUCGGCCGGACGCAGCACGCUCACCGUCAAACUGCUCAAGUUCUCCAGAGAGAAGAAAGCUGCCAAGACGCUGGGCGUGGUGGUGGGCAUGUUCAUCCUCUGCUGGCUGCCUUUCUUCCUGGCUCUGCCCAUCGGCUCGUUCAACAGCAGCCUGCGUCCUCCUGAAACCUGCUUUAAAGUCAUUUUCUGGUUGGGAUACUUCAACAGCUGCCUGAACCCCAUCAUCUACCCCUGCUACAGCCGGGAGUUCAAACAGGCGUUCAUCCGGAUCCUUCGCUGUCGCUGGAAGAGGAAGCGUCAGGGCUGGCAGGCGUACUACAACUACCGCUGCCAUCUGGGCUCCAACAACUCGUCCUUCCUGAACGGCAGCCAGCAGACGCUGUCCUCCAUCAGCCCCAGCCCGCGCUGCGUUGCCUCCAGACUCCGCCCCCCGCCGUGUCCCUCCUCCUGCGACCGAGACCCCCUCCCCGGACCGACGGGGAGAGCACGGCCCAGCGGCGUGUCCCCGCUCGCUAAGGAUGCCGGGACGCCGAUGGGGGUCGGUGCGGGACGAGGGGCGACGUUGAACAGCCAGAGCGUAAACAAAGAGGAGCAGCAGCCAUGCAGGAAGGUGCAACACUAACUUACACACCUGCUGCCUGAGGUGGCCACGCCCCCACCCUGCCGCUGACAGGAAGUGGCUUUUAAAACACGCACAGGUAUCACUGCUGACAUCACGAGAAGCUCUGUUCAACGAGGUGUCGUUCAGGUGUGAUGACAGCACCUGUCAGGUGGUUAUGACUGUUCCCGCCUCCCUCUCAGCCUUAAUAACACACCUGUGAAACAUGGCGGAGCUCCUCAUUUUAAAGCGUUUUUACCACCUGAUGGUUCCAGAUCAGCACCGUCCACUGCACUUAAUGGAGCUGUUACCUCUACUGCACAUGUGCAACAGAUCACACAACUAAAUUAACUACAGCUAAAAUAGCUCUAAAGUACAAAACUACAAACGUUUUUCAAAACAACAAAUAAAUUGAAUUGGAAAUCAGUAAAUCAUCAAAAUCAGUAAAUCAAAACUAACUGAAAUAAUAAACAAACAUAUUAAAUUCCUUAAAGCUCCAGCGUGAAACAUUCAGGAGCAGCUGUCGGCAGAAAUGGAAUAUAAUACUUAUAAGUGUGUUUUCAUCAGUGUUUAAUCACCUGAAAAUAAGAACCGUUGUGUUUUCGUUACCUUAGAA